UGGUCAUGUGUGGCACUCACAAGUACUUGGAUCUAUGGAACCUAGACUCCACUGUUCAAAUGCAUCUCAAUUUAUGCGAACAUUUCGCCUCAUAUCCGGUAGUCAACAACGCUUGCAGAAUUCAGAAGUCCUCCCUCAUCUUCAGAUCUGAAGUGCUGUGCUUUGUUCUGCGAGUCACCGGCGGCACGUUCACUGCCAGAUCGUUCGAAUAAAUCCGAUAUAUGUAUAUGCAAUAAAACCCAGCCUAUGGAGGGGCAUAUAUAAUUCGAGUCGACAAUGGGCAAAUUAGUGUCCCUCAACCAGGCCAACUCGUCAUGUCUUCCAAUGAACUCAAGAAUAUUUUAGACGACUUGAGCCAAGGAUCUUUUGACUCUGUCGCCCAAGCCACUCUCUAUGCUCUGAGGGACGACUGCCCUUUCCCCGAUGUGUUUCAAAUCACAGUCGCGCUCUUUGGCAUCGUAGACUCAGUUCAUCUCCAACGAGUCAAGCGCGGCCUCAUCGCUCAGCCCAUGCAGCAGGCUUUGGCUUUGCGAGGCCUAGCUUCGUUCAUGCCAUUCUGGCUUGGUCGCUCCGUCUACACUGCCAGAAUGCUUAACACACUGUCUACUCGCUGGCCCAUCAUUCGCGAAUGGCUGCUUUUCUUGGGGACAGACUAUGUGUACAAAAAAAGCGUCGAUAAAAGCAUGCGUAUCCUCGCCAAGCGAGCGAUCGUCGACUUCCUGGGCAUCUGCAGGCAUGAUCUCCUCGGGGACACGCUUCCUAUUGUCCUGUCUAGCCCCGGAGUCGUAUCUUUGUUGUUCGGUCUGUGGGACUUGGAAACAAAGGAUCGUCUUUUCAGCUCCUGCAUGCAACACGAUGACAUCCCUGGCCCCCCUCCGAUUAUUCGUACACCAGCCAUUCUGGAUUCCUGGAUGUGCACAUUUUCUGAGACGGAGAAUUGGAAUUGGCUCGAAAUCAUGCGCCCGUUUAACAAUGACGGAGCAAAGAUCGCUGCCACAGCUCUUGAUCAUCUGGAGCAUGACCUUGCACAACACCCCAUUGAUUACGACUUGAUUAUCUGGGAUAUCCACCUUCUGACCUCCCUUUCCGUAAACAAUACAAUUCGCAUCCCGUUGCUUAUGCAACACUCGAUGCAGAAAGCAGCAGGCGUUAUUACUACUAUGGUAUCCCAGCGGCCCCACUCUUCCAAGCAGCGUUACUUAGUGGCCAAGGCCAUUUCGUACGCGUGUUGGUAUAUCAGGGCGUACGUGGAAGACACGGAUGGGCUACCCUGGAUUUCCGAGGUCUUAGAGGCAGGCCUGUUGCCCUCACUGCUAGCGGUCGAGCCCUGGGUAAGACACCUCAAGGAUAAUAACGAAGAAGACUGGGAGCCACUCUGGCUUCUUCUUUCAACCAUUUUCCCCAAGUAUGCGAUUUUUCGUUCCGUACUUAAGGUGAUGGGUCGGUCCAUCAAGGCCGUUAACGCCGUUAAGACGGUGGAUAGGCCGAAGCCGGAUGGUCCAAUGCACAAACACUGGUCCACAUUGGAGGCACUUGUGAAGACCCGACUUGACUUGUUGGAGACUGAUGACGUCGAUGAGGCACAUGCCGACUCUUGUCAAAGCUCGAAGUGCAAUAAAUCCGGAGCAGCAGGCACCUUCAAGCGCUGCGCUGGUUGCCUUCACGUGCAUUACUGCAGUAGGGAGUGUCAGAUUUACGAUUGGAAACAAGGCGGCCAUCAAACGUAUUGUCGCGGAAUACAAGCUCGUCGGGCCAAAGGAGUCAUGUCCCGUAUUUCUACUCGUGAUCUCCGGUUCCUUGAUCGCAUCAUUGCGUCUGAUCUCUCCUAUCAGAACGAGCGAAUAUCUGAGAUAGCGGCAAAGCAUGCUCCGGGACCCGCAGUCGUUGAGAUUGACUACACCAGCAUCCCUUUCCGCAUCGGUAUCGGCUGCACGGAAACGCUUCCCGUGCCAGAGACCUGCAAGUGCGACAGGCUGAUGCAGCAAAAGUGGGAUACUAUGGUGGAGCUGGCACGGAACAGCAAGACGCCGGGGCAAAAGCUUCUGAUUCGUGCCUUCAUUCCAUGUGGGUCGGCUCCGAAAGUGAAAUUACAGCUCAUCCCAAUCAAGCGGAUUCUCCCCGGUUAUGACCCGAGCCAGGACCAUGAUCCCACCGAAGCUAGUGAUACUUAUGAUCACUUGUAUUCAUGCGCGGGGGUCUCUUUCACUAUAGUUGAUCAUUCGUACCCCGUGGAGACUCUCAGGCUCAUGAGCAAGGAGAUGAACGCGUUGACUAUUGAAGGAAAGUAGAAUUCCCCUGGCCCGGACCAAUCGGCUUGAAGGAUACUUUUUUUGGAUACCAAUGGAUACUAAAAGCAAAUUAUUUCGCACUAGCUUCUACGCAGUUUGAUUUUUUUCAUACAUGUCCCUGCAGUACCGUGACUAGUGUUUACAAGUACCUAUUUAGCGACGGACAGGGGCUACCUCAUUGAACUUAGUAAGAUCCAGCAUAGCUUGUCAUCGCACACA